AUGGAGAUCGUGGAGCUGCAGAUCAGCCUGAAGAACAACUAACCUCAGAAGGAGAAGUGCUUCUUGGGCACUGUCAGGCUCAAGUCCACACCUGCUUCCAAGUUCUCCGUGUGCGUCCUGGGGGACCAGAAGCACUGCGACGAGGCCAAGGCUGUGGACAUGCCCCACAUGGACAUCGAGGCGCUGAAGAAACUCAACAAGAAUAAGAAGCUGGUCAAGAAGCUGGCCAAGAAGUUCGAUGCCUUUCUGGCCUUGGAGUCUCUGAUCAAGCAGAUGCCACGAAUCCUGGGCCCUGGCCGCAAUAAGGCUGGCAAGUUCUCUUCCCUGCUGACCCACAACGAAAACAUGGCGGCCAAGGUGGACGAGGUGAAGUCCACCACCAUCAAGUUCCAGAUGAAGAAGGCGCUGUGUCUGGCUGUGGGGGCUGUCGGCCAUGUGAAGAUGAAAGGCGACGAGCUGGUGUACAACAUCCACCUGGCAGAAUAUCCGGGCCCUUGUACAUCAAUAGCACCCUGGGCAAGCCCCAGAGCCUGUAGUAGGGCACCCCCAAUAAAUGUCGGUGCCACCACAAAAAAUACUGUUUUUCAAGCAGUUUCGUGGCUUUUCUUAUGA